AUGUCUGGAAACAAGCCAAACCCGGUGGACACCGAGCAACCAUGGAACGGUAUGCCUGACGACUUUGCUGCAAACGGCUCAGGUUACAGUUCUGCCCCCAGACGCAGAAGAGGGCCAGCUCGAAGCUCAGCCGUACAGAAUGAACAUGGCGGCCAGGCAACAGCUCCUAAAGCCGAGCUAAAAAGCAAGAACGAACAUGACGAAUGGAUUGGAGCUGCAGAUGCGGUUCCUACCAAUGCGGUCGACCGUUUCAAUCCUGCAGCUUCUGGAAUCGCAAUUUCGGACGAGCAGUCUGGCGAAGGAGAAUAUACGAGGACGCCUGAAGGGCAAUCUUUGAUGGGAGAAGAGUUCCCUACUUUGGAGGACGACAAGAUGUCUUUUCCGGAUGCGAACAACAAUAUGACUGGACUCUCGCUGGGAUUGCAACUGGACGUUUCCAGUGAUGAGAGCGACGAGGAAGACGAAUACAAUGCUGCUACCAGAGACAACAUCCUCCCAGUUGACUCACCACGAUUAAGUCCGUCGAUACCAUGCGAUGAUGCGAUGGACGGCGCAAGCGAAACCGGAAAUAACAUCGUUCACCCUAUCAACGCAGAAUCGGAUCAGAACUCCAGGGCAAACAUUGAUGAGAUUCUUGCAGAACUUGAUUUCUUAAAGAAGAAAAUUGAGUCUCAAGAUGAGAUGAUGGAAGCAAUGCCAAUGCGUCAACAAAAUGCUUCGUUAAAGAAACAGCUGGAGUCUCACACGGAGAGAAUUUCAGCACGCGAGGCAGAAAUCGCCGCCCUCAAGAAAACAACAUUCAAAGCAAAUCCAUCUGUUGGUGUUGCUACGAGCACUAAGACGCCCGCUGGACAGAUUUUGCAACCAAACUGCCCGAGAAAAGACGAUGAUGAGCAGAAAGUCAUCUCGUUGGAGAAGCCUUCAUCAUCCCCGCCAGUAUCUUCACUUGCAGCGCGAAAAGCUACAGCGGUUCGAUCCGUUCAACCUUUUGUCGCUAUUGCAAAGGAUUUAUAUUUCGACUUCACUGAGGCAAUGAACGUGGGACCAAAGCCAAGUCCCUUAUGGGACACGACAUAUAUCUUCCAAAUCUGGGCACGAGCAGUAAUCACUUUUCUGGCAACCCCAAUUUGGACGUUGGCGAGUUUUUUCAUGUAUCUGUCAGUACAACAUGAGAAGAAUUUGUGGAUGCAGGCGAAUGCUCUGACUAGGAAGCAGCUGUUGGGACAAGUAAGCGGUGCAACAGAAGAUUGGACAGCAGAUUGGAUCUGGGACAUGGUUUUCAUCGUUGGGAGCGUGAUAUCGUUGUGUAGGUUAUAG